UAUCGUGAUCGUGAUAGUGAAAGUAAAUUCUCAGUUCUCAGUGCUAUACAAAAUUACAUGAUGCAAUUUAAAUCAAAACAAAAGUGCUAUUUUACCAGUAGUAUUGUUGGUUUAGUAGGAUUGUUUUAUUUUCAUGAUAGCUGUGUUUCAAAAUUCGAGCAAAACCAUUCUAAACUGAAUGAAUGGUCCUUCUGAUUCACAUUUGAAUAUGGAUUCGGUUCACUUUCUCUCCAUUCAACUUCUGUAACGUUUCAUUGUUUUGUUCGUAUUAUCCCGACUCUCAAUCAUGAGUGCAGCAAUUAAUAUGAAAUUAUUUACCGAUAAAUUCAUAACUGUACUAUCGCGAAACCUCAACAAUCCAUGGAAAUUAUAUUCGUCAACACAUUCCAAUGUACCUGUUAAUGCUCGCUUAGCACACUUUAUCAUGGGGAAUAGCGUUUCUGUCCAUUCUCUACCAAAUGCAAGAUGUUUUCUCCUGGAGAAGAAGAGCGUCUCUGUUUGUAUGAAACGGCUAUCUAGUUCGAAGAGUCCAGGAAGUCAGGGCAUCUACUCCUCUCAGAGUACUCCAAAAUUUUCUUCAUCAGAUAUUAAGCGCUUGUUAGCCCUUGCAAAGCCAGAGAAAUGGAAACUUUGCGGGGCCAUUUGUCUUCUUCUGGUAUCGAGCACUGUCACUAUGGCUGUACCGUUCUCUCUAGGAAAGGUGAUCGAUAUCAUUUACACCUCUGACUCGGAAAAAAUGAAAGAUAAUCUAAAUUUUGUUUGUGCCAUACUUAUAGGAGUUUUUGUGUUAGGUGCUACUUGCAAUUUUGGAAGGGUUUACCUCAUGAAUAUGACAGGUAAUCGGAUAACCACGAGAAUUCGAAAGAAUGUAUUCAAGUCAAUUUUAUCCCAAGAGACAGCUUUCUUUGAUAAACAUCGAACGGGCGAGCUGAUUAACAGGCUUUCAGCUGAUACAUCCCUUGUAGGACAGUCGGUAACAAUGAAUAUAUCUGAUGGCCUUCGGUCUGGUAUCAUGGUUGUUUCAGGUGUCUCAAUGAUGUUUUACAUGUCACCUUCCUUGGCGCUAGUUAGUUUAACUGUUGUACCACCCAUUGUUGGUGUAGCAAUAAUUUAUGGUCGUUUCGUGAGAAAAAUUACCAAAGCUGUUCAGGAUUCCCUUGCUGACGCAACUCAAGUUGCUGAAGAACGAAUAAGCAACAUUAGAACUGUGAAAACAUUCAGUCAAGAAGAAAAAGAAAUGUCCUACUAUAACAGCAAAAUGGCCACUGUUUUGGAACUAGCAGAAAAAGAGUCUGUAGCUAAAGGAGUGUUUUAUGGAAUGACAGGAUUAGGUGGAAAUGCCAUAAUUAUUUCAGUUCUUUACUAUGGAGGAGGGUUAGUGGCCGACAAUAGCAUCACAGUUGGUGGUCUUUCUGCUUUUCUCCUGUACGCAGCUUACAUUGGUGUUUCCAUGGGUGGUUUGACAAGUUUUUACUCUGAGUUGAAUCGAGGACUCGGAGCAAGUGCAAGGUUAUGGGAACUCACUGAUCGCAAACCAGCUAUCCCUAUCUCUGGAGGUCUCGUUCCUGCUGUUGCCCCACACGGUGAUAUUAUCUUCAAAAAUGUGACUUUCGCGUACCCAAGUCGAGAAAAUUCGUUUAUCUGCAAAAAUUUGUCGUUACACGUUCCUUCAUCAAGUAUUACCGCAAUUGUUGGGUCCAGUGGGUCAGGAAAAAGUACUCUAGCUUAUUUGCUGUUGAGGUUGUAUGAUCCGCUGGAGGGUCAAAUUCUAUUGGAUGGCACAGAAGUCAAACUGUAUGAUCCUUGUUAUCUACGCAGUAUUAUUGGCACUGUUAGUCAAGAGCCAGUUUUGUUCUCUGGAACUGUCCGAGAAAAUAUUCUUUAUGGUGCUAACAAGCCUGAAUCUGUAUCUGAGGAACAGCUCAUCCAAGCAACCAAAGAGGCGAAUGCCUAUAACUUCAUCAUGAACGAUCUUCCUGAAAACUUCGAGACCCGAGUUGGUGAGCGGGGCAUCAUGUUGUCUGGUGGUCAAAAACAGCGCAUUGCAAUCGCCCGGGCGCUCAUCAAGAAUCCAAGAAUCAUUGUCCUGGAUGAAGCUACAAGUGCGCUUGAUGCAGAAAGCGAGUAUCUAGUCCAAGAAGCCUUAGAAAAAAUUACCCUGAACCGCACAGUCAUGACAAUUGCUCAUCGUUUAUCGACAAUAAAACACGCAGAUCAAAUAGCUGUUCUGGAUCAAGGGCAAAUUGUUGAGGUCGGAAAUUAUGAUGAAUUAAUAUCAAAGAAAGAUGGUACUUUCUACAAUCUUAUUAAACAUCAAGCAUUUUCAUCUUGAAGAUUACGGAGGUACUGAUUUAAUUUUAUUAACCUGAAAGCUUGGAGAGCAUUUAAUAGCUUACUUCAAGGGUUUUCUUACGAAUCCUUGUUCGUACGCUUCUGGUACACCUUGUGCAGUUCACCCCAGUUAAAUGGCUGUUGUCAGAAAUGGCUUGCUCGAUUGGAACUUCUUUAGUUCCAAGUUUAAGCAUUGUUGUCCUGUAUAUCUAAGUAUUGGGUGGCUUGUAACACUCUUAUCCGUUGUAACAGACAGUGAUAGAUAACGGUGAGGGUCCCCAUAUUGUUACUGCUCUUCAACAGGACUGUUUCAAUACCUCUUCACGAAUUGACAGGACACUCUUAGCUCAAUGAUUUAAUAAGUUGAUUUCAACUCUAGCUGUAUCUUUACAAAAGUAAUGUUUAAGGAAAUUCAUUCAUUUGAGCUUUUAAAGCUGAUUCAGGAGAUGAAGAACAUAAUAGUUUUCUGAACCUGACGAGAUAAUUUUUCUUUCGGAAUUUGAAAUACGGCUCCUGUCUUAGAACCUCAAAAGUAGUAGGCAUGUCCUUUGUAAGUGCUUGUUUCAUGCCCUUUACAUAAUCUGCAUUUUUAAGGUAAUUUUGAAAAGCUGUAAAAAUGACAAGAAAGGAAAAUCUACUAUCCAUGUAAUUUUCAUAGUACAGAACUUAAAGUGACUAAUCAGCAGUAAUUUUUGCGGGAGUCUUUUUAAUUAUCCCAAGAAAGCUGAACAGAUUUGGUUGAAUCAAAAUUUAAGGAGGACACUAUAGGUUUAGUUUUGGUCUGCUAUCAAUCUUGCUAGGUAAAUAAAACAUACUUUCUUGAGGACAAAGAUCUCUUUAUUAAGCUUAGAGGAUCACACAAUGCAUUUAAGAUGGGUCAAUGAAUUUGUUUAGUUUCUUCAAACCUGAUCUAAUACUGUUUUUGGUCUCUUAAUUUUCAUGAAAUGGUGACUGGAUCACAAUUUGGAGACAUUAAGCCUGUAGAGGUAAAUUUUUUUAUGAAUGUGCAAGAACUCGUUCAUUGCAUCCUUGUUCAAAAACACGGUUUAAAAUUAAAGGUCUCGAUAUUUUCCUUUGCAAACACUUAAG